UGAAGAGUAGAAUCAUUCCUCAGCCAUAGGGAGAGAAGAGACAAGAACAACAAGCAAGACAUCUCGUGUAAUAAUUACACACAGAUUGAGACAAUGGAGAGAAAGCCCUUUGAGGUUGAGACGACGGAGGAUCACAAACCCUACUCCGAUGGCGGUGGUUCUGAUUUAACGUCGACGGUUGAUUCAUCUGGCGACGAGCAGAAAAAGCUCGUUUAUAGAGGCUGGAAAGUCAUGCCUUAUAUCAUUGGUAAUGAGACAUUUGAGAAGAUUGGGAUCAUAGGGACAUUAUCAAACCUUCUAGUGUACCUAACUCAAGUAUUCAACCUGAAGAAAUACACAGCUGCAACUAUUAUCAGUGCCUUUAGUGGCACUAUCAACUUCGGCACUUUCUUCGCUGCUUUUCUGUGUGACACUUACUUUGGUCGCUACAAGACUCUCAGUGUGGCUGUCAUCGCUUGUUUUCUGGGAUCGCUUUUUAUACUAAUGACGGCUGCAGUUCCGGGAUUGCACCCGACUCCUUGUGGAACUAAAAGUUCGUGCCAAGGGCCAAAUGGGGGGCAGGUUUUGUUUCUGCUGUUGGGUUUAGCGCUUCUCGUAGUCGGUGCUGGUGGUAUCAGGCCGUGUAAUUUGGCCUUUGGAGCUGAUCAGUUCAACCCCAAGUCAGAAUCUGGAAGGAAAGGAAUCAACAGUUUCUUCAACUGGUACUUCUUCACUUUCACGUUUGCGCAGAUCAUCUCGCUCACGCUAGUUGUGUAUAUCCAGUCAAACGUGAGCUGGACCAUCGGUUUGAGUAUCCCUGUGGGUCUAAUGUUCUUGGCCUGCGUCAUUUACUUUGCUGGCCAUAAUCUCUACGUAAAAGUGAAAGCCUCGGGUAGUCCCUUGGCUGGCAUCGCUCGUGUUAUAGCCGCAGCGAUCAAGAAACGAGGGUUGAAGCCUGUUAAGAAGCCUUGCUCCGAUCUUUACAAUCACAUCCCGCCUAACUAUGCAAACUCUACACUCAAAUACUCGGACCAGUUUAGAUUUCUCGACAAGGCAGCGGUGAUGACCCCUGAGGACAAGUUGAAACCCGAUGGAACGGCUUCAGAUCCAUGGAAUCUAUGUACAAUGCAGCAGGUGGAAGAAGUGAAAUGCAUUGUAAGAGUGAUUCCAAUCUGGUUAGCUUGCGCAGUUUACUACCUGGCAAUAACAUUGCAAAUGACUUAUCCGGUCUUCCAAGCGCUCCAGAGCGACCGGAGAUUGGGUUCAGGUGGCUUCAAGAUUCCCGGCGCCACCUAUGUAGUGUUCUUGAUGUCCGGUAUGACGGUUUUCAUCAUAUUCUACGACCGUGUCCUUGUCCCGUCGCUCAGAAGAGUGACAGGGCUAGACAAUGGUAUAACUCUCUUACAAAGAAUCGGAUCAGGCAUUUUCUUCGCGCUUUUGAGUUUGUUGGUUUCUGGGUUCGUUGAGGAACGGCGAAGAGCCAUUGCACUGACAAAACCUACUCUCGGGAUUGAGCCUCGAGCUGGAGAAAUCUCAUCAAUGUCAGCGAUGUGGCUGAUACCGCAGCUCGUGCUUGCAGGGAUAGCUGAAGCUUUUGCAGCCGUUGGACAAAUGGAGUUUUACUACAAGCAGUUUCCUGAAAACAUGAAGAGCUUUGCGGGUUCUAUCUUCUAUGUUGGUGCAGGAGUUUCUAGCUACCUCGCUAGCUUCUUGAUCUCGACUGUUCAUAAAACAACUGAGCAUUCACGCUCCGGGAAUUGGCUAGCUGAGGAUUUGAACAAAGGGAAGCUGGAUUACUUUUAUUUCAUGCUCACUGGCCUCAUGUUUGUUAACAUGGUUUACUUCUUGUUAAUGGCUAAAUUUUAUAGAUACAAAGUCACUAACGAUGAAGCAAAUUCUGUGAUUAAGACCAAUGAAGAAGAGACCAAGGAGAAUCAGCAACACGACAAGAGCUAUGUCUGAUCUUGAGACUUUAAUUCUAUUUUUUCUUAUAUUCUAGUCUCCUCUUUGUUGUUGUACCUCAUAGAUAUAAGAUAUACCACUUCAUCUUUCUAAACAUGUAUUGUACAAGAAGAUUUUUGUUGAUAGUAUCAUACAGUGUAGGAAGAUUGUCUUUCGUCC